GUCAUUCCUUUGUCACGUUGACGUGUCUUCUCCUCACCAUUCAACAGCUCUAUAUGCAAAAAAAAAGCCACCGUAAAGUUCGCCGAUAAUAUUAAUAUGAUAUGUUCUUUAUUUCUAUAGGAUUUCUCGGAGGUGAAUGUAAUUUGCGAUGAGUGUCCUACUGACACAUGCACCCAUGACGAUUGUUCUAAAGGAAUUCUAAAAGAGCUGGAAAAGUUUUUAAAUGAUGAAAUGAAGUUUCACUUACUAAAUGACAAAGAUUGUCAACAAGACAUAGUUGAUAGAAGACCAUUAUUAUUGAUUGCACCAAAAGAAAACUGUAUCAAACAGUUUCAAGGUGUGGAUUUAGCUAUUUCUAUCGAAGAGAAGACAAACGAAGAAGCUAAAGAAGCUUUCGAGUUACUUGAGAGUUCCAACGGAAUACCGGUUAUUGCUGUGCACGUUAAACGUAAUAAGAAUAAUGAAUCAGUGGUAACUCAUAAAUUUGUGUCACAGCUGAAAACGAUUAUGCAAAAAGAACAAAAGCCACAAAUAUGUUGUGUGAUGUGAAUUAUUUCUAACGUGUUGUAGAAGUGAACAUAACUGUCUAGUGACUUUAUCAUAAUAUAAUACAUAAAGUUCUAGCGCUCAAAUGAAAUAAAUUUAAAAUGUG